AUGAUAAAUUAGAACAAACAAUUUAAAAAGUUAGAUGAUUUUCUAAACUCUGAACAACAAUUUCCUUCUCACAAUUAUCUUGAAAUAGUCUUAGAAAAGAAUAAUUUAGUUGAUGAAUUAAGUCUAUCAAGAUUAAGUUCAGGUUUAGGAAAAUGCAUUAAUCUUUCAUAUUUAACUCUUGAUUUCAUGAAAAAUAAAAUAGGUCAAUAUAAUAUAUCAGAACUAGGCUCUUAAUUGGUAAAAUGUGCUAAUCUCUCAAAUUUGAAACUUAUCCUUGAAAAUAAUUAAAUUGGAAACUAAGGUUUAUUAGAUUUAGGUCUAUCAUUAGGUUUGUGCAAUAAACUAUAGAAUUUAAAACUCAAUAUUUCAUUGAACAAUAUUGAUGCAUAAGGCUUUUUACAAUUUAGCUCUGGAUUAGCAAAAUGUUCAAAUCUCUCAUAUUUGAAAAUCGACCUUGGAUAUAAUAAAAUUGGCGAUUAGGGAGUAUUAGCUUUAGGUUCUUGUUUAAUAAGUUGCAAACAUCUUACCAAGUUAACUCUCUACCUUAACUCUAAUAAAAUUACCUCAUAUGGUGCAUCUAGCUUAGGCUUUUCCCUUGCUAAAUGCUCUAAACUAUAAAAUUUAUGUCUCAAUCUUUCUUCUAAUGAAAUUGGUGAUGAACUUGCAUUAUAAUUCGGGUUUACUUUAGUAAAAUGCAUAAGCCUUUUAACUUUAUAGCUUGACUUUAAGUGGAAUAAAAUGAAUUAACAAUCAAAAACUAAAUUAUUUAAUACAAAUUUUAAAUUGAAAAAAUUGGUAGUUAAAAGAGUAGAUUUAUGA